AUGCCUUUCCUUGUGGAGGAUUCCUGGAUCAAUGCCCAGGCUAACACCUAUGACAUUGCCGAGCUUGAAGAUUGCGCCAUUGCCGUCGAUGCUUCUUAUUACCUGAGUCUUCUCCUGGACAACCAGCCUUCCCACGAGCCCCUGCUUACUGCGCUCGGCGGGUUGACCGGCUUUCAGAGUAAUAUUCGGCAAAAUCUAGAUCUUUGGGACAAGCAUCGAAUUAUCCCCUUCUUCAUCUUCGACGGCCAAUCCAUCAUAGGACAGGAUGAAAUUGCUCUUAAGCGGGGCAGAGCUGCGAACCAGAAGACGGAUGAAGCAUGGGAGUUGUAUUCGCAGACCGAGGCCGAGCAAGCUGUCACUGCGUUUGGAGCUAACCCAGGUGCCUAUCAGCUUCAGAAUCUUUACCCUCUUUUACAAGCCAUCUUGAAAGAGAGGGGGCUGCACUUUUUGGUGCCUCCUUUCAACGCUUGUGGUCAGCUGGCCUACUUUGAGAUGAUCGACACAGAUCAAUGCGCUGGUGUCAUGGGCCCCCAAGAACUGCUUCUCUACCCUGUUCAGGACUCUGUCAUUCGAAACAUGGACUGGGACGCUGGAACAGUGACCGCCAUCUCAAAGAAGAGGGUCAUGCGUACCCUCGGAGUUGGCGAGCCCAUGUUUGUCGACGCCAUGCUCAUGACGGGAACCUCGUUCCUCCCUCCGUUUCCCCCAUUGCAAGACACAGCCAUGUAUCCGAAUCCGUACACCAUUAUGGAUGCUGUCAACAUCCUGCGGACUUCAGAGAAGACUGUGGCUAAUGCCUGCGCAUCGUUCAACGAUAUUUUGCAGGCUCAUGAUCCCAACUGGUUGGACAAGUACCGCAAAGCCAGAAUGGCGGCCCAACAUUUCAUCUACAUUUCCGAGAGUGGCGAAAUCAAAGUCAACGAUUAUGAGCGGCUCACUAAAGACAGCCACGAAUAUCUUGGCCUUCGGAUGCCCCCAGAAUUGCUUCACUAUCUCAAUACUGGACUGAUUGGGCCUCGUAUCCUGAACGCUAUAGCACACGGACAGAUUAUCAUUCUGCCAACUUUGGACGGUACUGCUUCGGAGGAAUACAAGCAACUUGUUACCAAUCAAAUCCUCCCAAUCAAAGAACAGGCGCUCAGUCUCGUUAUACCCCGAGUCCACCGAGCAAUCGCGCACAAGGACAUCACCCUGAAGGUUUGGUUCGACCCGAAGUACAGGCACACUAUGAAUCACAACUCUAUGCGACCGCUACCUUCGACAUUGGUGGACACCUGGGACGUUAAAGAGCAAGACCUCCGCCGUUUCUUCCCUGCAGACUUUGCUGGCCCGGUGUAUCUGGAAGUGCUUGCACUCGCGAACCAGGACUUCGUUGACAAGACUUUUCCCAAGGAAAAACUUAUCAAAGGCAUCGACAGCACUAACAUAGUGGCAUCCGUCGUCAUCUGGCGCUUCCUCCAUCUCAGGGGAUACGUUGAUGAUUCGCACAAGCUGACCAAGUGGGGAAAUGCUUUGGCGACCACUCUUAUUGCUAUCAGAGACGCUAUGGAGGAUAGAGUGCCCUUUGUGGAAGAGGCUGCUCUGUUGGCGUUUGAACUGUUGCGAUUCGGACUGUUGAGCGGCAAGUACCGCGAAGGUGCGCCCGGCAUGCCUCGAAAAGGAACAAACGAGGACAAGUCAUGUGUCAUCCUCAUUAGCCAAUGUGCCUCAUUGCUUAAGCUGCGGCAUCAAGCGUUUGGUUACACCGGAGCAUUGAACAAGAGUUUAUUGGGAUUCCGGGCACUGUCCACGACGGUACGCGAGGCCGACCGUGACUUGAUUGAAGCGAUUGUUGCAUCCAUGUUCUUGUAUGGACAGUGUAACAGAGACAGGACUGAUCAGCUAGAAAUCAGUCAAAAGUUACCCUUCUGGCAAGAACCAGAUAUCGGACUUGGUAUCGCGGCUCUGACCUUCUUUGACGAUGAGGAAGCCGGAUCCGACAAGGAGGCACGAGCCGCUCGGCUGGAAGCAUUCCAGCAGACUUUUAUUCCCCUAGCGGAGGCAUUCCCGGAAGAUUUGCGAACUGCCAUUGACUUUGUCAGCGCCCUCAACCAGGGCGUGCAGACGCUAAACGAUGCCUCUCUCCCAGCAAAUGAGAAGUCUGCCUGGUCAAAAGCUCAAGACUACAUCAACGCCCGGCCAUUUUAA